AUGCCCGGACCCUUUAUGCGAAAGAGCAUCGACUCUUUAUCAAAUCUCGUCAGAGGGAAUUCGCUACGACGUCGUCAGACUCAAGAUCAAGACCAGAGCCAGGAACAAGAGCAGUAUCAGUAUCAGUACCCAGAUCAAGCUCAUACUCCAACACCUACAACUAGUGGCCAAGAAGCUUCAAAUAUGGGCCACUCUCAUUCUCGUCAGAGCAGGCAUCGGUACGACUUCUCCGGCUCCGCGAGCAGGAGUCCAGUGUCCCGGUCAACUGGGAAAGCAGCCAUGAAUAGCAGCCAGACUCAAGAUCCCUGGGCCCCUCCGCCGUAUGAACCGCAGGCUGCUGCCGCUGCUGCUCCUGCUUCUUCUACCAUCUCAGGGAGCAGUGAUUCUCCAUAUUCUUUCCUGCGGGAAUUCGAUACGAUCUUCAUCGUGGAUGAUAGUACGAGCAUGCUGACGGGUAACCGUUGGAAGGAGGCCGAAAAUGCUAUCGCUGCUAUCGCGCCUAUUUGUACGCAGUAUGAUCAGGAUGGAAUUGAUGUCUACUUUCUCAAUCAUCGUCGCCAGGGAGCCGAAAAGGUGAAGGGUGGGUAUAUGAAUAUCAGAACAGCGGAUGAUGUUCGUGAGAUCUUUGGGAGUGUGUAUCCGAAUGGUCCGACGCCUUUUGGCCGACGACUUUAUGAAAUCCUCAAUCCGUACAUGCGAGAUUUGCAAAAGGCGAUUUCGAAGGGUGAUGGAUCGCGUGAUUCGGCUCAACUCAUGAAACCACUCAAUAUAAUUGCGAUUACGGACGGGGCGUUUACAGAUGAUGCGGAGAGUGUCAUUGCAGGAGUUGCGCAAAAGCUGGACGAGAAGAAAUAUCAGGCGGUGCCUUGGCAGGUUGGAAUCCAAUUCUUCCAGAUCGGAAAUGAUGCCCAGGCAAGGGCGUAUCUGCAGGAACUCGACGACAAUUUGGCCGAUAUGCAGAAAAAAGACAGUCUCCGUGAUAUUGUGGAUACCGUGCCGUGGAGGGGUGAUCAGGGGCAGACGCUGAGCGCCGAUGGCGUUCUAAAAUGCGUCCUUGGCGCCGUGUCCAGAAAGUAUGAUAAACGCGAAGCAUCGUUUCACCGCUAA